AGAGAUGAAGGAGGAUUCUAAUGCUAUCAGUGACCCUUAAUUCAUAAUGUAAGGAUAUUUAGGAUGUAUUCAUUCUGAAGGGUCUCAGUCUGCUGAGUAAAGACUCGUAACAUCAGCAUUGAGACACUUCCUGUACUCUCCUCCUUCUGGGCUUCUAAUCACAUCAGAUGAAUUACUGAUGACUUUUUGAUCUAAACAAAAAUACCAACCUAUCGCAGUCAGGAGAAAAGACCUGUAUCUAGAAGCCUUCAGUCUUUAGUGGGAUUCAGCCAGCGCACUACCCCGAGAACCCUGCAGGAACUCUUCUGUAGAACCUUCACCUAAAGAGCUGCUCUUCACAAGCUUUUAUCAAUGGGAAAUCCUCUGAUCUAUAUAAAACCGUGGAGAGCGUAAGUGGCACAAGUAUAGACACACACACGCACACACACGCGCACACACACACUCAGUCGCGGGUUAUUUUGUGUGCGCCUUCGUCUCCUGCAGCAACAAUGUGAAACUCCAUCCGCUCGCCCUGCGCGGUAACUCGAGCCGUGGAAAAAAACGGGGAGGAAACAGGCUCGCGCCGCGUACGGUUACCGAAUAACAGGCCCCUCCCCCUUUCCUUUCCUUUCCUCUCUCUCUCUCUCUCUCUCUCUCUCUCUCUCUCUCUCUCUCUCUCUCUCUCUCUCUCUCUCACACUCUAUCCCUCUCUCAGACCUCGGAGACACGGCACGCAGCAGCAGAAGAUGGCUGAGCGCACCGGGCAGCUGGAGCCCCGCACGGCGGCAGCGUCGUUAUCCCCGUCCCUCUCACCGGGGCGAACCUGAAGCCCCUUCCUCCUGUUCCUCCUCCUCCUCUAAACACAAAUCCAAAGAUUCCCCGUGUCUCCGUGCGUCCGCGACCCCACGUUAUUUCUCCUGACAGACACACACACACUCGCGCGCGCGCGCACACACACACACACACACACACACACACACAAGGAGGAUUUUUUUUUUCUCGUUUUGGUUUCUUUAAUCGCAGCAUGGCGGAAACGGAGAAGGAGAGCAGCAAAGCUCCGGAGAGCAAGAGGAGCCGGAAACCCGCUCACCCCGUCAAGCGCGAGAUCAACGCAGACAUGAAGAGUUUUGCGGAGAACACGAUGAACGAGCUGCUCGGGUGGUACGGGUACGACAAAGUGGAGCUGCGAGACUCGGACGAUCUGGAGAUUCGCAACUAUCCGGAUGGAGAAAUCCGUCAGCACAUCUCCGUCCUGAAAGAAAACUCUUUGCCAAAAGCGGUGAUGCCCGAGGGCAGCUCGUCUCCUCCUAAUGCCAACAGCUCUUCUUCAACUCCUACAUCACGUAACAGCGUCGCCACAGAGAUGCCUGCUAACCCUGCCUCCUCCUCCUCCUCCUCUUCCUCGACGACAGUUGCCAAGGAGCAAGGGAGCAUGCCAAUCAUAGUUCCCCUGAUUCCACCCCCACUCAUCAAACCACCAGCAGAAGAGGACAUGUGUAACGUUCAGAUUGUGUGUGCGUGGUGUCAGAAGGUCGGUUUGAAGCGGUACUCCCUCAGCAUGGGCUCUGAACUCAAGAGCUUCUGCAGUGAGAAGUGUUUCGCCGCGUGUCGACGCGCCUAUUUCAAACGCAACAAGCUGGGAUGUGUGAGGACUUUACCUGCCAGAGAGGAGGAGGCCUCCACGCAGCACAGCAAAGACACGCCCAGACUUGUCCUCAAGACACACAGCGAUGCGCUUUCAAGGGUCAGAGGUGAAGGAGACGCGGGAGACGAGUUGAGAUGUAAACCAGAGGCGCUAAUGUCUGAGGUGUGUGACUGGUGCAAACACAUCCGCCACACUAAAGAGUAUCUGGAUUUUGGCUCGGGUGAACGCCGGCUCCAGUUUUGCAGCGCUAAGUGUCUCAAUCAGUACAAGAUGGACAUCUUUUAUAAAGAAACCCAGGCUGCUCUGCCCGGUGGACUGUGUAACCCUCUGUAUCCGUCCGGAGACGGAAAAACGGAAGCAAACCCCGGGGUCCAACUUCUGACCCCUGAAUCUUGGAAUUCACCUUUUAGCGAACUAAGGCCCCGCAAGGCAUCAUCUCCAGGGGCAACCGCAUCCGGGGCUGGACACUCAGGAUCUGUGUCUGCGUCACCCUCUGAUUCCAGCGCUGCAGGUUCAGUGUCUUCAUCAUCCUCAUCUUCGGUGAAAAUGCCCACGCCAAGGCCACAUGAGAGUCCGACGUUACCCCCGCCACCACCCCUGCCACCACCCCCUGCUCCUGGAAUUCACCCAUCCAUGGGUGUGGUGCCCAAUGGAAGCCCUCCAAUGAUAAUGACACCCCGUGGCCCAGUUCCCCUGCCAUUCUUCAUGGAGCACCAGAUGAUGCACCAAAUGCGACCUCCCUUUCUACGCCCCGCUGGCCCCAACAGCCCCCUUCCUAAUCCUAUGAUUCCUGGAAUUGGGCCACCUCCACCACCUCGGACCUUGGGUCCUCCGUCAAGUCCCAUGCACCGACCCUUGCUUUCACCCCAUGUCCACCCCUCUUCCACCCCCACCUUGCCGGUUAACCCUCCUGGAAUAAUGCCCCCUCAUCCAGGUGCCCACAUACCUGGACUUCCCUUUCCGCCGGUUAACAUCAUGCCACCAGGGCCCAUACCAAUGCCACCUAUGAUGAACUUUGGAAUGCCAUCACUGGCGCCGUUAGUACCUCCUCCGAUGCUUUUAGUGCCAUAUCCUGUAAUUGUGCCAUUACCGGUCCCGAUUCCCAUCCCUGUUCCUAUACCAAUCAGUCCAAAGGCAUCCGGCGAUCGCCCGGGGAAUGAUGGCAUGCUUCCGGAUCUUUCUGGUGAGCACAGUGACUUGCAGGACUCGUCCAUCUCCCCCAGUUCAUCCAGAGGAGAAGGUGGAGCACAGAAGCAAAAUUCCUCCAGCUCAGAUGUGCUUUCUCCAGGCAUUUCCAGCCAGACGGAACGGCACAGUAUGAACUCGAUUAAGAUAGAAAGUUCCGGAAGUUCCAGUCCAUCAAAUCCAGGAUCCCCUACAGAAGCACCAGCAAACGGAAUAAUUGACUUGACGACGAACAGGCGCUCCCGGCAGCAGCUAGUGAUCCAGAGAGCUGCGCCAUGCGUGCAGGUGAAGCCUGAGCCUGAAUCAACCACACCCACUGGUCUUAGCGUGUCGAGAGCGGGUGAACGUGAAAUGAUCGAGAGAGAUUCGUGCAGCAUCGGACCAUUAGAGGAAGCUCAAAAAGACAGAGACACAGAGGUUAAAAGCCCACUGAACAACAUUAUUCUGCCUUGUGCUGACCCUUCAUUCUGCAGCGCUACGCCUUUACUAUCUCAACCAAUUCCAUGCAGCCUUUCUACACACGUGGCCAGCAUCGGGGUGACUAAGACGGAGCCAGGUACAGCUACGCCUUGUAACGUGAUCGUUAAUGGCAGCUGCAAUGUGCAGCCACUAGAUCCCGCCGUCCGGACACCGCCUCCAGAACAGCGCCCUGUUGUGGAAAUGAACCGAAGGACAGCCACGAUUUGUGAUGAGCCAACCGAGGGAGAGGACCUAAAGGAAAACAGCUGCUCAGCCAUUGAGAGAACCUUUUCCGAGCAGGCUGUAGCACCCGGGUGUGCCGUAGAGGAAAAAUCCCAAGAGGCAGAAGACGCUGCAUCUGGAGCAGAUCAUGCGUAUGCCUUGCCCAUCAUGCCUAAACCGGGCUGCGUCAUUCAGCCCGUGCCAAAACCAGCAGAUAAGACAGCAGCCAUAUUGGCGUGUGGCUUGGAAGCUCCGUUAUCGGCGGUGGGAGCAGCAGACAUGGAGCCACCGUUGAAAAGGAGGUGCUUGCGAAUCCGCAAUCAGAACAAGUGAAGAGAGAAAACUCGCAGACUCUCAAAUGGAAAAAAGCCGAGCACUGCAGCAGAUCCCAUCAGUCCACCGAUCGCCACGUCAGCACCUGCCGACGCUCCUACACAACCUUCUUUACAAGCUCGAUUAUGUCUAUGUUAGAUAAAUGAUUGCACUUCCCCUUAUCUCAGAACAGACUGAUCUUUUGAGGGACGUAUUUUCAAUUGAGCGUUCAACUUCUGACCUUACACGGACCUCUGAUUUAUAUCAGUUUGGCAUGGAAGUGUCUCCCUCUACAGGACGGGUUCGGCGCUGCAGUGCUAAGGAUCGUGAUGUAGAUACAGAUAUGUGACCGGGCCAAAACAUGGGUGAUUUAAGCCAAAACAGCAGUCAUGUCCAGGUCCAGUGGACUGCCAAUAAAACAUGCAAACAGAUGAAUAGGACCAGCUCCUGAACAGGCCAGGAAGUGGUCCACGAACAUGGCCUUAAACACAAGGCCUGCCACUCUAAAUGUGCCCACAGAUCACAGACAAAUAUUUUUGUUUAUUUUCAGUGUUCAGACAAAUCUGCUUUUAUUUAUAUUCGGUGAGAGAAAAAGAGCUGGAGCUCCGGGAAUCCGGUAGUAUCACACUUUAGAUGGAUCGAGUACCAAGAAAGUGAUGAAAAAAGGUCACUGUGGUUCUAAUCUUCGGUGACAUCUCUUUUUUUUUUACUCUUACUUCUUUCUUUGGCACCACCAGCAAGACACCGAACUGUUCCUCUGUGUCCGUUCUGACCACCAGAACGGUACGUAAUGUCAGAAAUACGCCCCCUGCUGGAACAGAAUGGACAAAAUGAAAAGAGACAAUUGCAGUGUUAAAGAUGCUUAGUAUUUCCAGACAGUUUGCUGGUUGCCAGUUACGGCGGUGUGUAAAAGGGAAAGAUGUGCAAUGUAAACUUUCACCGAGGCACGGGUGACAGGGUAGAGACGACAAGUUAAACCAAGACUCGACAUCAAAAUCCAGCCUCCAACUGAAACCUGUGCUGAAACUCCAGUUCUUCAUCCUUCUACUAUCUACAACAGUCACCCAAUAAAUCAUGCCAUAAUUUAUGUUAACUGAA